UCUCAAUGCUGUUAAAGUUCCUCAGUGCUGCUUCCCUCCUCAAUGGCGUCCUCUCUCCUCCUCUCCACCUCGCCUUGUCUCCAUCGCCUCGCCGUCCUUCGAUUCCCUUCCAAACCCUCGCGGAACUCUAGCCCUACCCUUUCUGAGAGCUUCUUCUUGUUGAAAACCAAUCCAUCCAAGUCUCUCCGGCUUAUCGGAAGGGUUUACGCCAGAGGAACCUCUUUCGGAGGCACGGGAGGCGGAGAAAACACCUCCGAAGAUGCUUUUGUUGGUGAGGAUUCUGCUGCGUUUCAGUUGGAGAAGCAGAGCCUUGUUUCUUGGGUUUACUUCUCUGCAAUUCUCGGUGUGGUCCUUUUUGCGCUCAAUGUCUUGUGGAUUGAUCCUUCCACGGGAUUCGGAAAGGCGUUUGUGGACGCUGUUUCGGGGAUUUCAGAGAGCCAUGAGGUGGUGAUGUUGGUUCUUAUCUUCAUUUUUGCACUUGUGCACAGUGGCUUGGCUAGUCUUAGAGAUGCUGGAGAGAAAGUUGUAGGUGAGAGGGCUUACCGAGUUCUGUUUGCUGGGAUCUCACUCCCUCUAGCUGUUAGUACUAUUGUGUAUUUCAUAAAUCACCGUUAUGACGGCGCUCAACUUUGGCAAGUUCAGGGUGUUUCUGGAAUCCAUGAGCUGGUGUGGAUCUUGAAUUUCAUUUCCUUCUUUUUCCUAUACCCUUCCACCUUCAAUCUGUUAGAAGUUGCAGCAGUUGAUAAACCCAAAAUGCAUUUAUGGGAGACUGGAAUUAUGAGAAUCACAAGACAUCCACAGAUGGUUGGGCAGGUAAUCUGGUGCUUAGCUCAUACCCUGUGGAUUGGUAAUUCGGUGGCCGUUGCAGCCUCGGCCGGUCUUAUUGCACACCACUUAUUCGGCGUCUGGAAUGGUGAUAGAAGAUUAGCAAUUCGAUAUGGUGAAGCUUUUGAAGCUCUAAAGAACCGAACAAGUGUAGUCCCUUUCACAGCAGUUUUAGAAGGACGCCAAAAGCUACCAAAAGACUACCACAAGGAAUUCAUUCGAUUACCUUACUUUACAAUCACAGUUCUGACACUCGGUGCGUAUUUUGCUCAUCCACUUAUGCAGGCAUCUAGCUUUCAGCUGCACUGGUAGGAAUUGUAACUUCAACCACACUAUGAAACACUUAUUUACAAUGAAAAUGAAUGGUUAAGAGAACAUAAUCGAAUUACUAA